AUGGAGCUUUUGGGACUGAAAUCUGCGCACCACCUCGAAGAUUCUGAACAAGUCGCCGAACAGGUACGAAAACUGCAACGUGCUGAGGCAGCUCUGGAAGCCGAGCAUGGUUCGUUUGUGCGGUUAUCGCAGUUGAGCUGUGAACUUGUGGCUCGUCUUGAAAAAAGUAACGGUGCUGCCGCAAACGAAGUACGUCGACGUCUUGACACCGUCACACAACGAUGGGAUAAUCUAGUGGCAAGGAUCGAGGAACACAGCAGAACGGUAAGAAAUCUUCACACUUACUGA